CGCCUUCCCCUCUGCCACCACCAUGAAGCUGCUCGCUGUGACUGUGCUGCUCCUUACCAUCUGUAGCCUGGAAGGAGCUUUGGUUCGGAGGCAGGCAGAGGAACCAAGUCUGCAGAGCCUGUUCUCCCAGUACGUCCAGGCUGUGACCGACUAUGGCAAGGACCUGGUGGAGAAGGUCAAGGCCCCAGAGCUUCAGGCCCAGGCCAAGGCUUACUUGGAAAAGUCAAAGGAGCAGCUGACGCCACUGGUCAAGAAAGCUGGAACUGAUCUGGUUAACUUCUUGAACUAUUUUGUGGACUUUGGAACACAGCCUGCCGCCCAGUAAGGUGUCCAGAUCAUUGUCUUCCUGCCCAGCUGGUCUCUGGAACACCACUGCCAAGUCUAGUGCCCCUCUCCCUACCUACCCCAUUUACUACAAUAAAUGCUGAGGGAGUC